UUUCAAAUAAUAUAAUUUGAAAUUAUUUCAAAAUGUACCUAUACUUAAACUGCAAUAUAUUUUGUGAGCUUAUUUACGAUAAAAGAAAAAACGGGAACUGAUUCGAUUAUAUCUUAAAUACGAAGAAUUUCCAAACAUUUCAAUCAUGAAUACUGUGGGCAACAGAAUAACGUACAAAAGAAAACGGCCAAAUCCGAUGUUCCAGGAGUGGCUCGAAGAGUUACACGAGGAAGCCAAGGAAAAAGGCAGUAAACUAGAGCCGAUGCUAAGAGAAGCAUUAGACUCCCUCUCUAAGUAUCCUUUACCGUUAAAUUCGGGAGCAGAAUGUGCUAUACUGAGAGGUUUUCAAAAGAAAUUAUGCAUAUUCUUAGAUAAACGGUUAGAAGUUUACAAUAGUAAUUUGAAUGACUGUAAAGAUGAAGAAUGUAUCGCAACACAUGGUGAAACAUUAAGUGAAGAUAGUUCUAGUGAAAAAGAUCUGAAUCUACACUCGAGCGAUGAUGACUUAAAAGAUAAAAAUAAAUAUCUACCUUUAGAACUUAAUGUGGAUACAGUCAAUCUGAGUAUAAGUUCUGAAUGUUCUUUAAGCCCUAGUUCAUCUGCUUUUGAUAGUUUAAUGAAUAGUUACAAACUAGAUUGUUCUAUCUCCAAAACAAAUUCUGAGCAGCUUGAAUGUGUUUCUCCAAUAAUAGCUAGUCCCUGUUCAAGAAAUGAUGAUGUAAAUAAUUUUAAUUUUGAAGGCAAUUUAAGUAGUCAAAUGAAAAAACAACCUAAAUGUUACAAACCUGUAUAUAGAUCUGGUAGUUAUGCAAUACUAAUAGCAUUGCUAGAAAACUUUAGAGAAAAUCAAAUUAAACCUUUGUUAACCAAGGAACAGUUAAUUGAGAGAGCUCAACCACACUGUGAAGAGUCUUUUGUGAGGCCAAAACCAGAUACAUACUACACAGCGUGGUCUAGUAUGAGUAAGCUGAUAACAAAAGGUUUAGUAAAUAAAACUGUAAAGAAAAAAACAUAUUAUAAUUUGACUGAAAAUGGGAUAAAAUUAGCUAGUGAUUUAUUAAAAGAAUCUAUAAGAAUACCUACUCUGAAUGAUAUUAUUUUUAAUGAUACUCCACAAGUAUAUGCAUCAUCAAACAGUGGUAGUUCAAAAAAUAUUUCAGCAUCCUCACCAAUUACUGUAUCACCAAAUAAUAAUGGCUUAAAAAGUAAUAGCUUGGAACCAUUAUCAAUUGCUGCACCAGUAAGUGCUUGCCAUUUAAGUAACAAAACAUUUGCAUUUAUCGUAUCACUGAAUCUUGAUUGUUUACAGGUAACUUCAUUAGUCAGUACUUCAUCAAGCUUUAAAAGCUUAAAUGAAAAAAGUUCACCAAUUACAUCAUCAAAUAUGAGUAUUUUAGAGAAUAAUGAUUUCAAUUUAUCACCAAACAAUUCAUUAACAAACAUUGAUAGUAUAAAGAAAUGGACAUCAUCACCUAUGGCUGUAACAGUGCACCUUGAAAAUUCUUCAAAUAAAUUUAGUUCAACAGCAUCACGAUCCGGAGCAUCGAUUACAGAUAGCCCAAAGAAGAAUACAUUAGCUUCAUUUAUAGAUUCUGCAUCUGUUGAUAAGCAAAAUAAAUCUAGUUCAAGUCAAUUAUUUAGUAAUGAUUGUUUGAAAGAUACUUCAAAAGGGUCACCUGUUGUUGAAUCAUCAAACCAGGAUCAGGAUACACCAGGAUCAUCAUCUGCUUGUAGCUUAGAAGAUACACUUUCGAACAUUGCAAAAGAAUUUCCAAAAGGGUCUUUUGAUGUAAUACUUCUAAUUGAUAAGAAUGAAACAAGUGGGCUAUCUAAGAAAAAUGAUCCGACAAUGGUUCAGUUUAAAAAGUUCCCAGAUCUCAAACACGAAUAUAGAAGUUUAAAAGUUGGUGAUUUUUUGUGGAUUGCUAGACAUCGUGUUAACAAUGAAGAACUUGUGCUGCCGUAUAUAAUAGAACGGAAGAGAAUGGAUGACCUCGGCGCUAGUAUAAAGGACGGGCGUUUUCACGAGCAAAAAUUCCGAUUGAAGAAGUGCGGACUGAAGCACGUUCUUUAUUUGAUAGAGAACUACGGUAAAAAUAAACAUGUAGGAUUGCCUUUACAGGCAUUGAGACAAGCCUUAGCCAAUACGAAGGUUCAAGAUGGAUUCAAAAUUCACAUGACCGACUCAUUGACUCAUUCCACUAGGUUUUUGGCUAUGAUGACUAAAAGGCUCACUUUAGAGUUUAAGGAUCAAAGUUUAGUAGGCUGUAACCACGAACAGAGCCCCACAAAACUAAUGACGUAUGAAUACUUCAGCAAAACAUCAAUGAAAACAAAAAAAAUGAGUGUAAUGGAAACUUUUGUUAAAAUGCUAGUACAAUUAAAAGGAAUGUCAUUAGAAAAAGCAUUAGCUGUAACUAAUAAAUUUAAGACUCUUAGAUGCAUUAUAGAAGCGUAUAAACAAUGUGGCCAAAGGGAAGGUCAGCUUCUAUUAGCGAAUUUGAAAUAUGGUGAUCUGAAUCGUAACGUAGGUCCGACCGUCAGCAAAUCUGUUUACGAUUUGUUUACAGAAAGAAGUUCGGAAUAACCUUUUGUUUGUAAUAAUUUUAAAUGUACAUAUAGUGUAAAUAAAAUAAAACCAAUUUUUCAAUA